CAGAAGUCUGUAGAGCCCUUGGCAAGAAAGAUGACCUCAUAAUAGUUUUCUUUGAAUAACGUGUUCAUAACACUCCGCGCGUGCAACAAUUUGACAGGUUUUAGAAGGCCACUGUAAAAUGCUGUGGACGUUAUGUAAAUGUUCAGCACUAUCUUCAAGGGGGCUGCGGCUUCUGCAUCCUCGGCGCACAGUACUGGAGCUGCCCGUACUAGGCGCGCACAUAUCGGCCAGCAGAACAUCUUGGUGCCCCUGGACAUCUAAAAGGGAAUCAAGUUGCCCGGCUUGGGACCCCAAAGUUUCUCAGGUGCCUGCAUGGGAGCCCAUAGGUGAAAGCCAACUUCCACCGCCAACAAAAGUGUCGCCUGAUUUAGUGGACAAAUUGGAGAGAUUAGCCCUUGUUGACUUUGGCUGUAAAGAAGGGGUGGACUGUCUGGAGAAAGCCAUUAGAUUUGCUGAUCAACUUCAUGUCAUUAAUACGAAUGGUGUAGAGCCAAUGGACUCUGUUCUAGAGGACAGGAAACAUACCACUGCCAAAAGAGAAGAGAGAUCUGCAAUGCUUAAGCACUCUAAAUUUUGACUGAAACAUCAUACUGGCUGUUACUUAAGUUAUAAUAAAUAUUCAUUUCAUCUUUUGUGAUAUGCCUGGAGUGUUACUACUGUUCCAAACAUAUUAGGCGAGCUAUUUUGCUUGCAGCAUCUGGAUCUGCUAGACUGUUUAAUUUAUUUUAAUUAUUUUAUUUAAUACGUUUAAAAAAGUAUUAAUCCUGAUAGCACGCAUACACGCUGAACUUGAUUCCAUCAUAGACAGUGGUUCCACAUGUUUGAAAUGAGUUUUCUUAAUUUAAAAUUAAUAUGUAAUCUCAACAUAAUAUGUAAUCUCACUCUUUGCCGUAAUGGUUAAUCUCAAUUUAACAAAACAAUAAACACUAACAAGUAUCCCUCUUAUUUACAUCUUGCAAAGAAACACAUUUGCUCUUCCUUCCGAGUCCCAUGCAAAGUAUGCUGGAAAAUGGAAAUCACCUGCCUAGUUUCAUCAAUGCUACAUUAACUCCACAAAAAGUGUUCAUGUAGUCCCAACUCAGAUGGAUUAUGUAAACUUCCAAUUUACAAAUUUAAAUGUAUAGAUUGCAGUGAAAUCAAGUUAUAAGAGUACAUCACCCAGACGACUAUUUGAUGUGUGUGUUUACAUCUGGAAGACGUAUUAUUAAGAUGGUUUGCUCAUCUGCAAUACAUCUAUAAGACGUUUCUUCUCAGAUGACAAAAGGACAUUCAGCAGCUGCCUUUAAGAUGUUAUUUACAAUGUAUGUUAAUCUGUUCUUUUUAAGAUGUUAAUUACAAUGUGAUGCUUUCCAGAUGAAACAGUCUUAAACAGGCAUAUCGAAGAUAAAUGUGCACAAGGAAAUGUAUUAUUAAACGUGCACUCAGUAACUUUUGUCUAUGUGUGUUCUUGGACUUACACUGAUAUAUAGCGGCUGGGAUGCAGCAUCAUUUAAAAUCAAUAGUUUUCAGUGUCAGAUGCCAUUGUAGGAAUUCACUAUUCAUGGUCAGCCAUGAUGAUUAAUUAAAUCAAUGAGUGAAAGUGUCAAAUAACAGGACGGUUAUUGAGGUUAAGCGAGUAG